UACGAAAAGACAAAAAGCCCUAAACCCUAAGAUUUCGCGCUUAUUCAUCAAACAUUUGAAAAAAUUCGCCAUCUCUCCCCGCCCUCUACCCUCAUACUAUUUCUUUCGCAGACUGCUACGCUCCACCACGUCGGCGCUCACUUGCGCAGCCGCCCUUCCCAUCCAAAACCCAAACAAACGCUCGCAAAGAUUUGAAAUUUGUAAACCCCCCGCCUUUUACUCCUCAACCCCCCUUUCCCCCUUCUUUUUUAACGGUCCUCUAUCUCUCUCAGCACCUUCGCUUCCCUCCAUUUUCUCUCUCAACCAUGACUGCUCCUCCAUCCCCACCUCCAGCCACAGAGCAACAACCGGACCCAGCUUCAACAGGGCCUUCCGCCAGAAACCACGGCUACAGCAGAAAGCAGAAGUCUCUAGGCCUCUUGUGCUCCAAUUUCCUCGUCCUCUACAACCGCGACGGCGUGACUUCAAUCGGCCUUGACGACGCCGCUUCACGACUUGGUGUUGAGAGGCGGAGGAUCUACGAUAUUGUCAACGUCCUGGAGAGCGUUGGGGUUCUUGCUCGAAAGGCGAAGAACCAGUAUUCUUGGAAAGGAUUUAAGGCGAUCCCUAAUGCCCUGCAAGAGCUAAGGGAAGAGGGCCUGAGAGAGAAUAUUUGUAACUUUGACGGCAACGAAGAUCCAAAGGGUUAUCAAAUUUCAGACGACGAGGAUGAUGCAGAAAGAUGUGGGAGUCAGCAGAAUGAAAACUCCAACCCUACUCUCAAUGUUAAACCUAUGAACCCAAAAUCAGAUAAUAGAAGGGAAAAGUCGCUGGCGCUUCUUACGCAGAAUUUUGUGAAGCUCUUUGUGUGCUCAACUGUUGAAACGAUUUCCCUUGAUGAAGCUGCCAAAUCACUGCUUGGAGAUGCACACAAAGCAUCAGUGAUGAGAACAGCAAAGGUAAGGCGGAUUUAUGAUAUUGCGAAUGUUUUGUCAUCCAUGAACCUCAUUGAGAAGACCCACACAUCAGAUACGAGGAAGCCUGCAUUUAAGUGGUUGGGAUUAAGAGGAAAAGAGGAGGUUCCUCAGGAGACUAAGAAGAGAGCUUUUGGCACAGAUAUAACGAACGUCAGUUCUAAGAGGGGAAAGGUAGACUCUUUUAUUGGUGGGAAGUUGGAUGGGCAAAAACAGAAGGGCCUAGUAGGUGAGGCUGAUAGGAGCAAUUUGGAAGACUCAAAAGAUGGUUCAAAGAGCUAUCAGUUUGGUCCUUUUGCUCCUGUCACUAUUGCCAGAGCUGGGACUGGCAACACGAGGAACGUUCAUGACUGGGAGAAAUUGACGUCUACUUAUCGUCCUCAGUAUCAAAACCAAGCCUUGGUGAACUUGUCUGUAGGACCAGCUGACAAUAGUGGGAGAACGAGAAGGGAGGUGGAUAGAGAAAGAAACAUGACCGGAGACUGACUAGGUGUGGGAAGAACAGAACUGGAUAUCCAAACCCCGUGUUGAAACAAAGCCAAGAGGACAAUCAUACUAGCAAUAGGAAAACGUCUUAUAGCAGAAAUCGAAAUCAAAAUCAAGCACGCUUUACAUGAUUAUUACUGUCGCCAUUACUAUCGGAUGAAAAUUUACUAAAUCAUGUGUCUUGCUUCAUGUUGAAGCUUUGAAGGACCUGUUUUCUCAUUAUAUGGAAGCAUGGAAGACAUGGUACUCCGUGUAAAGAUACCAACAGAUACGGAGAAGAUGUAUUCUUGCAGAAGAAGAAAUAGGUAUUCGAAGAGAGAGAAAGAGAAUUUUAGAUAGAGAAGAUAUGUUUAUUUCUUGACUAUUUUUUCAUAUCUUACAAUGAUGGUUAUGUAGAGUACAUAUCUAACUAGAUUGCUUACUUUCUAAGCUAUUACAAAGAUUACAGGAUGA